AUGCCCACCACCACCACCACCACCAACAAACCAACCACCCUCGCCCUCGCGCACCUGCAACCCCUCCUCCAGGAUAGAGCAAUAACCCCCGCCCUCACCGCCCAAUACCACACAUCCGUCACCGGCCCUUGGUCCCAAACCUGCUGGACCCGCGCCGCAGGCUACCUCCUCCCGCAAACCGUGGCCGAGCUCACGCAAGCGCUCGCGAUCCUCAAGCACACCCACGCCCGAUUCGCCCUCCGCUCGACAGGCCACAACCCCAACGCCGGGUUCAGCAGCGCGGACGGAUCGGCGCUCGUCCUGGAUCUCAGCCGGUUCCGGGAGAUGGAGCUCACGGCGGAGGGAGCUGCGCGGAUCGGGGCCGGGUGCACCUGGGGCGAGGUGUUCUUCUUUGCUCCCGAUUUUCAUGGUUCUGACGAAAUGCGGGUGUCCCAGGUUCUGUUGGCAGACGGCGGACUGGUCAAUGCCAACGCCUACGAACACCCCGAGCUCUACCGAGCGCUGAAAGGCGGAGGCACCAACUUUCGCAUCGUGACGCGGUUCGACCUCGAGACUCAUCCUCUACGCUCUAUCCGAUAUACCAUCGAACUCUACAGCCCUGAUGAUUAUAUGGAAAUUAAUAAAGCCACGGCGGCCGUACAGAUGGCCAUGGAGGAGGAUCCGAAGAUAGGACUGUUCACGAACUUCAACGACGGCGUCGUCGCCCGAGCGAUUACCUCCGUGACUACGCGGGUCUCGCAUGAUCUGUAUGACCGGGUCUAUCUGUGCUGGAUGCAGCUGCGCAAGACACUUCCCGCUGGCUGUGUGCUGCAUUACACGAUCCAGCCCAUGGGCACGGCGGGCGUGCAGGCGGGAAGCGACCGGGGCGGGAAUAUCAUGGGGCUGGAGGCGGUGCCGCAGUGCUGGUGGGUUUUUACCUCUGAGUGGUCGCAGGAUGCUGGGGAGGAUGUGGAUGCUGCUGCGCACGGGGCGGUGCGGACGAUGGCGGAGAUGGUGGAGGCUCUGGCGAGGAAAGAGGGGGUGUAUCUCGAUUUCAAGUGUAUGAAGUUUGCGGGGGCGGGGCAGAAGGUGCUGGGGAGCUACGGCGCGAAGAAUGUAGAGCGCAUGCAGGCGGUGGCGGAGGAGUAUGAUCCUGAGGGCGUUUGGCAGGGUUUGCUGUUUGGGGGGUUUCUUUUGCGGGAGAGCUGA